AUGUCGUUAACACACCCGCCCCGGUACCAGGGGCCACCUCCUCCCCCGAAUCAGAAUUACUCAUAUCCUCCGAGAAUAGUCGAAGCACAAAUUCAACGAGAAUCGCAACCAAUCUUACCACCAAUGUCAUCGCUGCUGCCAAGAGAGGAGCGAUUGGAACGAGCUCCAUUGCACAAUAGCUCAUACCCUCCUGAGCCACCGCAAUCCUUCCCACCACAAGAACCGAAACAUCCCUUAUGGCUGGCGGAGAGAGAUCCUGCUGCGCCAGUACAGCACAUAUUCCACGGCCCAUAUCCCCCACCAGCCGUACACAGCCCACAUCCGCGUCAGGAUCCAGUAUUGGUCCCUUCACCCGCAACUCAAAUACCACGCGAAUAUGUUCCUCAACACCCACAAGGACGACAGUCACCUCAGAGACAGCAUCGUAAAAUUAGUCAAAGGCCGAGUGAACUUCCCAAGGCUGGCACGGACAGAAUUGAGAAAGAGCCAGCUCGACCACACAACAGCUUUCCUAUGCAGCAACAACCAUAUCAACACCAGAAUAUUCAAGCACCGCAACACCACCAGCCAUUACAUCCGAUCCAGGCGCCGCGCGCUCAUUCUAUACCUCAACUGCAACCUCCUCCACCGCCUAGACCGCAGCAAUCUUACCAGCCAGCGGUCACGCAAGCUCCACCACCGCCUCCUCAGGGUUUGAGCUCUAAUUCAAUGCAAAUCUCGGGAUUGUUAAGCAGUAGCCCGGCCCCUACCAACCAUGGUCCCUCGCAACCUCAACGGUCCACUCCUCGUCAUUCGAUACGCAUGCGCCAACAACCUGUCGCAGCACGAGCCUGUGGAUUUGGUGAGCGCGAUCGUCGAGUAAUCGAUCCUCCCCCAAUUCUUCAGAUGGUAGUUGAAGACCCCAAUGCGUCCCAAGAGGCCAUCAAAGCCAUGAUACGACAUCCCUGCACCGUGGUACAUUGUACGCUGUGGGAUCCAGUCGCGGAUAAGGACGAUACGGCCAUGCCAGGGACUACAGAUAAGCGGCAGCAGAGGAGGCUGAUGGGCACGCUUGUCUCAUCACCCUUUGUGGGUAAAGAUGAACACGGUGUUGAAGGCUGCUUCUUUACGUUUCCAGAUUUGUCUGUUCGAACCCCUGGAAAGUAUAGCUUGCGAUUCAGCUUGAUGAUACUCGACCCAGCGCGAAUGGCACACGGGAACUCGGUGCCCGUCAGUUCUGUAGUAUUUAGCGACGCUUUUAACGUCUUCAACGCCAAGGAUUUCGGUGGAAUGAGGCCAAGUACAGAAUUGACCAAAAGACUUAAGCACCAAGGUUGUUUGAUCAGUGUAAAGAAGGGUAACGCAAAGACUGGUGGAGGUUUGAGAGACGAUGACGAUGAUGAAGAUGACGAAGAAGAAGAGGCGGACAUGGACGAGAAAAAAGCGAAACGGCCAUCGAAGAGAAUCAAGAGGUGA